GUCAACAACAAUGUAUUGUGCCUCGACCUAACUGGUUCUGCUGUUAUUCUCACAUUAUAUUUCUACAGAUAAUGUGCGAAUGACAUAAAUAACCUUGAAUGUCAGAUACUGUACUAGGUCAGAACAAAAAAGCCUUUACAUUUCCCAUGACCAAAGCCCAAUACGGUGCCAAAGAUUCUGUUUUUCUGUUUCCAUCUCCUAUCCUUGUCAAGAGUAAAGUAAUGUUUUCCCGCCAAAAAACACUUGUUACCCCUACUUUUCACUUCACUCCCUCCUUUUUACUGCGUCACAUUCCAGUCUAGUCUGGUCUCCAGAGGCAGAAAGAGAGAGAAAAUGAAGGGUGCAUCCAAAGUUAUAAUGGGAGCUACACUGGUGAUGGUGGUCAGUCUUGCCGUAGUACUCGGCCUGGUUCUGGUUCUACUAGCUGAGCUGUAUUGUACUCUUUUACUUCGACGGCGCCAGCUAAGAAUCUCCUCCACCAAUGCUACUGCCGCCGCCAAUACCGCCUCUAUAACCACUUCCCCACCUGCCAAUACUUUCUUACAACCCCAAAAACAACCAGCUUCUUCUCCUACUACAUAUUAUGCCCCGGGAGUUCUUCAAGCUCCAAGAAGCCUCUUCUUCCCCGCAAUUUCUUGCAAGGAAAACAAGGUAACUGAAACAAAGAACCAGGAACCUAAUACUACAAGCCCCAAAAAAAUUGGUCUUGUAAACACUUCACCUCCAUCUACUUCCACAGUAACUUCACCUCAUCAAGCUUGUGUUGGUUGUGGGGAGCAUUUUGUUUAUAUAUCCAAUCCUAUCUAUGAUAAUGAUGCGAACAGGGCAAGCAGAGUGGAGACUCCAUUUGAAACUCCUGAUUCAUCACCAUCGCGACUGGAAACAGAUGGUGAUGAUGAGGAAAUAGGAAAACCUUCUCCAUCUAGUCCACACUCAGUCCCAAUUACUCCUCCAUUAACUCCAAUGAAGAAGCUCCCAAAAGAAGCAUGUUCAGUUUCGUUAAGAGAUGCAAGGUCUUUAGGCACUUCAGGCAGCGACUCUUUGAGUAACAAUGGUCUUUCUUCAUCAUCUUCAGGGUCUCCAUGCACAUCUCCUUCAUGGUAAUUAACUUUUUGAUGAACCCUUUGUAGGCAGGAAAAUUAGAGUCGAGGAUUUUCUUCUAAACUCACUGUAAGCUUGUUUGUCAGGCUUGGUGUAGACGUGGUCAUGGCUCGCCCACCCAUGGCCACGCCUGUGCCAAGUCAAAAAAUUACUAAUCUUUUUCUCUCUCUUGUAUUACUUUGCAGAGAACUGUUCUUUUUCUUUAUGUUCUGAUUCAGUUGCAUUGUAUGGUUGUUUUAGGAAAGUAGUUUUCACUUCUCUCUUUGAUGUU